AACUAUUGACUUCAAAGUGGUUUUGUGCAGAUAUCCAGAUGAUGAAUUUGAUAGGCUAUGGGUCAAGGGAAAAAUAUAUGAUACGGAUUAUAGGAACACCAUAAAUUCCAUUCCUUCAACAGAGGAGUUCCAAAUACCAUCAGCUGUGUUAGAAACCGCCUUGGUGAGCAGCAACAAGAGCGUGGGAAAUAUUAGAUGGAAUUGGAGUGUUCCAGAAAUUGGUGAAUACUAUUUUUUGAUGUGCUUUGCUGAAGUAGAAGAACUUGACGUUAAUGCAAUAAGGGAGUUCAAUAUAAGUAUCAAUGGAUAUUCAUACCAGUCUCCUGUUACAUUACAUAGCUACCUCGAUUCGAUUGUCGUCAAGUAUGGACCCAUCAAAGCUGAUAGCUUGGAAAAUGUCCAAUUUUCUCUUGACCCUACCAAUCGAUCGAGCGUGGGUGCAAUUAUUAAUGCUCUGGAUAUCUACCAAUAUAGGAGGCUACCCAACAAUGGAACUAAAAGUGAAGAUGUGAAUGCCAUUGCUGACAUUGUGAGGCACUUCAAUCUGGAGAAAGAGUGGAUGGGUGAUCCGUGUCUUCCACAGAAAUAUAGUUGGGAUUGGGUGGAUUGCAAUCAAGACUCCUCACCAAGGAUUAUUGCAGUGACACUACCCAACAGGCAUCUGAAUGGAACCAUACCUCCAAGCUUUUCCAAUCUCUCUGCUCUUGUUAAGUUGGACUUGGCAAGAAAUAAUUUGAGUGGUUCAAUACCAGAGGCUCUGGCUAUUCUCUCCAAUCUUAAACAACUGAAUUUGGCAGACAAUGACUUAAACGGAUCAGUGCCAAUUGGUCUGUCUGAACAAAAGCAACGUGGAAAACUCAUUCUGAGUGUUUAUGGCAAUGAAAAACUUUGCCAAGUAGGCAUUUGCAAGGAUGGCCGAAAAGGAAAGAGUAGCAAAACACUAUUUGUUUGGUUAAUAGUGGCAGGAAUUGCAAUACUUAUAUCCUUUACUGCAAUAUUAAUCUUUAUAAAAAUUAAAUCAAGCAGAAAAAUUCGAAAAGGGAAAACUGAAACAGGACAUUUAAAUCUUGACAAUUUUGAUGGAUGUCGAUCAUUCAGUUUCAUAGAGGUAAGAGCUAUGACUAGCAACUUUCAGACGGAGAUUGGAAAAGGAGGAUAUGGAUCUGUUUAUCUUGGUUGUCUUCAAGACAAGGAUGUGGCCGUCAAAAUCUCGUCUGAUAAAUCACAUAAGGGUGCCAUACAGUUUUCCACAGAGGUAUAACCAAGGACUCAUUCAUACCCAUUUUAUAUUUAAAACUUGAGAACUUUAGUCUCUCCAA